CGUCCAUCCUCACGCGUCAUCCAUCCAGCGCACCCCUCUCCUCUCCUCUCCUCUCCUGCCCUCUCCCCGGGUGUGUGAGCCAGGAUCACCGCUCCAUGCAGCGGAGAACCGCAGGGAAACGGUGAAACCCGAGGCGAUGGAACCGCGAGAGGACUAACAGUGUUACGGGAAAGGGGGCACAGGCUCUCAGUGUUGAGCUGAAGAACGGAGAGACAAACUGAGGACAGAACAAGCUGAAGGUUGCACAAGAGGCUGUCUGGCCCCAUGUCUGCCCCUGCUCCAGCCAAUCGGAGGUCUGCGUUGGGCUCUCGCCGGUUUGACUACUGCAGGUUCAUAGAGCUAGACUACGUUCCUAUGGAGACAGGCUAUAUGGUCUCAAUGCGCCCGACUAAAGGCUACGCAUCGAACAAGUCGCCGACUAAAGGAUACGCUUCCACCAAGUCUCCAGAUCGCCACAGCCGUUCGACGAACUCUCCGUCGACCCCUCGUUGUCGGCGGACCCCGGCCGCGCCUAGUAAUAGAGAUCCCCAUGGCAACACCUCCCUUAGCAACAGCAGCAACUCAGGCUCUUGCAAAGGCAGCGACUGCAGCCCCACCAAAGGACGUCAUCAGAAGUACACGUCAUGUACGGACAACCAUGGUAUCCGGCCCCCUCCACCAGAGCAGUACCUCACACCACUGCAGCAGAAAGAGGUGUGUAUCCGACACCUGCGGGCCAGGCUGAAGGAAACCAUCAACACUCUACAAGACAGGGACACAGAGAUAGAUGAGCUGAGAGGCCAGCUAUACAGGAUGCAGGAGGACUGGGUUGAGGAGGAAUGUCACCGUGUUGAGGCUCAGCUGGCCCUGAAGGAGGCGCGUCAGGAGAUCCAGCAGCUUAAACAGGCUGUGGACACUGUUCGCGCCAGUCUCAGUGAUGCUGGGGGGCUCAGCGGGGACAUAGGGGUCCAGAAGUACUUUCAGGACAUCAACACUCAGAACCACAAGCUUGAGAACCUUUUGCUGAGUAUGGACCUAGCUCAGGCUGGAUUAGCCAAGGAGGGGGAAGGCAUUCCAGGCUUUCGGACCCGUGUCGGAGGUUCGGCACCAGCAUCGGUAUCAGGGGAAAGUCCAGGGGGAAUACCCAAACCGGCAGUAGGAGGGAGGGGGUCUUGCUCCUGCGAUGCUUCGCCAGCCCGUUCUCUGACCCGGAGCUCCACUUACACUAAGCUGAGUGAUCAGGCGCUUGCGGACCGGAACGGCAAUGGCCUGGACUUUCCUUGUCUGUCAGGGGACGGCACCCAGGACAGCGGCUUUGUGUGCUGUGGGGAGAGCAGCGUCCCCAGUCGGACCGACCUGCUGCUGGAGGCAGCCUUCCUCUCUGAGGAAACAGCAUCUUUACUCAACUCCUACGCACAGACCUUUUCCCAUUCUCUACCCCAUUCUCUACCCCAUUCUCUGCCCCAUUCUCUGCCCCACUCUCUGCCCCACACUUACUCCCAUACCUUACCUCAUUCUUCCCCUUUCCCCCCCACCCACCCCACCCCCCCCCCCCAAGGCCCCCCCCCCCCCCCCUCCCGCGCCAUCCAUAAAACACUUGUCCCUCUAUCCCACCACCACCUCUACCUGCACCCCCUGCGGGAGACAGGCAUUCAGACCGAAAGCUGCCCCAUACCUGCAACGGCAGCUUACCCCUCGGAUCUGGAUACCAUUGCGGAGCAACGCACUUUCCGCUCCCAGGCCUGCAGCCCCACCUCUACCUGGAUGUCUGAUGAGGGGGAGGAGGAGCUGGACUCCAUCACCACCAUAACUUCAGUAACCACAGCGACGAUGAUGAGUACAGCCACAGAGCCGAUCCCGGUUACUAAGACUCCUCUGGUCCCUCCCUUACCACGGUCCGCUACUGUGGCAUGUUCCAUGGAAAGUCCUCUAUAUGGAGAGGAAGAGGAAAAGCAGGAGAAAGAGAAGGGAGAGAAGGAAGCUGGACAGGAGGAAACGACAGCGAUUAGAUUGGCAGAAGAAGAGCAGCGGAUGCAAAUGGGCUCAGAGGGAGGGAAGGAGGUGGAAGUUCAGAGUGCAGAAGAGGAGGUAGCACCAGGAAAACCCUGCGAUUUUGCAGAGACAUCGGCAGGGACACAGGGUGAGCUUCAGUUUGGAGGAUGCUGUGGAGAAGGCAGACAGGGUGGGACACUGGAAAACCUCAGCAUGGAAGACAGGCAGCGAGACAUUGGUUUAUCAGUACGAUCGACCCAGGUAGAGACAGCACAGCUGAGCCCAAGUAGCCCAGGAUUCUCGCCAGACGUAGAACAGCCUCACACCUCCCAGCCGAGGAGAUCCUCUUCCCAUGAGGAGAUAGCUGGUGUCACUGUAGUGGAGUUGCACGAUGAGAACGAUGAUGAUGAAGAUGAAACUAAAGAGCAAGGCGCCACAGGGGGCGCCGCAGCAGAGGAGGGAGAUUCAACCAGCUCUGGGACAAUUGAGAAAAGCUACUGGAGUCGUCACUUCCUGGUUGAUCUGCUGGCAGUGGCCAUCCCUGUGGUGCCAACAGUGGCGUGGUUCUGCCGUGGCCCAAUCCGUGCCGGACAGCCCAUGUACCAUAUAGGCUCGCUGUUGCGAGGCUGUUGCACUGUGGCGCUGCACUCGCUGCGCCGGGGAGGGGGGUUGAGGCAUUACCCUGCAGGCGGGGGUGACCUGGGCGGAUCACAGAUAUAACAGGAGAAUCUGUCUAGCACCUCUGUGGUCCUUAGCCUCUCCUGUAUGGGUCUUGGCUUGUUGGAAGAUACCUGUAGUGUGAGGAGAGGAAGAGAAAAAACGGUAACACAUUACUUAAAGGUAUCUACAUAAGAGUGACAUGACACUGUCAUGAACAUGACACGAACCCUAACUCU